AUGGGAAAGAUGAAAACCUUAGACUAUUUUUACAAAAGAAAGGUAGAUGAUAAAGAAACUAAUCAUCAAAGUGAAGAGAGUAAACGUCACAAAGCUUCAACAAGUGAGCCACAACCGCAAGAAAUAGAAAAUCAACAAGAGAAUGAGUCACAACUGCAAGAAAAUGAUAAACAACAAGAGAACAAGCCACAACCACAAGAAAAGGAAAAUCCUAAUGAAUUUGAUUUGAAGAAUCUAGAAAGAGAUCCUGCUAAACGAAAGCAAAUGUGGGAUUAUCCGGUUAAUUUAAGAGAACAACUAGAAUAUUCUCCAACAACGUACGCUUCAUAUUGUUUUAUUUGUUAUAUAUUUAAUGAUAAACCAAGUGUGUGUCAUGGUUACGAUGCAUUUACUGUUAAAGGAUUUGACAAUUGGAAAAAAGUUAAUGACGGGAAAAAUUGUGCGUUCUUGAAACAUAUUGGUUGCUCACAACAUAGAAAUGUUGUUGCAUAUGCUGAAAACUUGAUGAACCAAGCAGCACACAUUGAAAAUAUCAUAGUGAAGCAAAAUGAAGCGCAAAUAUUGAAGAACCGUUUACGAUUAAAAGUGUCAAUUGACACAGUUCGUUGGUUGACCUUCCAAGCUUGUGCUUUACGAGGACAUGAUGAAACACCUGAUUCCAAAAAUCGUGGUAAUUUUCUUCAACUUCUAAAACUUCUAGCAUCGUAUAAUGAUGAAGUUGCAAACAUUGUAUUAGAGAAAGCUACUUAUAAUUCAAAGUAUACUUCUGGGGAAAUUCAAAAAGAAAUUCUUAGUAUUAUUGCAAAUAAAGUUCGAAAGCAUAUUCGUAGUGAAGUGGGGGAUUCAUACUUUUGUGUCAUGAUUGAUGAAUCACGGGAUGAGUCUCAAAAAGAGAAAAUUGUGAUAGUUUUGAGAUUUAUUGAUGCGGAAGGAAUCAUACGGGAAAGGUUCUUGGAUUUGGUUCAUGUUAGGGAUACAUUAUCAUUAACCUUGAAAACAAAUAUGUGGAGACAACUUUUACACUAUCAAUUUGAUGUUAGUAAAAUUUGUGGCCAAUGUUAUAAUGGUGCUAGUAAUAUGAGAGAGGAAUGGAACGGAUUACAAGCACUUGUUCUUGAGGAUUGUCUUUAUGCAUAUUAUGUUCACUGCUUUGCUCACAGAUUGCAACUAGCCUUGGUGGCUGCUUCAAGGGAAAUUAUUUUAGUUCACCAUUUUUUCACAAACUUAAUUUUUACAAUUAACGUAGUUUGUGCUUCCAGUAAGCGUCAUGAUGAGUUACAAAAAGCAAAGGCAACGGAGAUUGAACAAUUAUUGGAACUAUGUGAAAUCGAAUCAGCCGCAUUGGACAAACAGUUACAUGAGUUAAAUAGUAGAUUCAAUGAUCGUGCGAUGGAGUUGUUAAGACUUAGUUCUACUUUAGUUUCUAAAGUGAUUAACGUUGAUCAAAUCUGUCUUCUUGUUGAGAAGUAUUAUCCUAAAGAUUUUACGGAGCAAGAGAUGAUUCAAUUACGAUAUCAAUUGGAGAUUUUUAAUAUUGAUAUCACAAAGAAUCCCAGACUAAAUGGUGUAUCAACUAUUGCUGACCUAUGCAAGCGUCUUGUGGAAACUCAGAAACGUGAGACAUAUUAUUUGCUUGAUAGAGUGGUUCGGUUAAUCUUGACACUUCCAGUUUCUACCGCAACAACAGAGAAGGGAUUUUUAGCAAUGAAAAUAUUCAAGAACCGUCUUCGCUUUAAGAUGUCGGAUGAUUUUCACGCAAACAACUUGGUGAUUUACAUAGAAAGAGAAAUCGCUGAAAAAUUGAUUUGA